ACCGAAAAAGAAAAACAAUAAAGUUGAAAUAUAUUUCUCGGGAAAAGCUUUGCUACAAUGAACUCUUUCUUUUUCUUUGUUGGGAUAAAGCCAAAAUUUUUCCAUGAAACUAAUAAUUUCCAGUGUUUCUCUGACGAUAACCAAUUAUCUUUGAUUUUCAGUUUCUGUUUCUGGGUAAUUACACAGCUCAGUGCCUGAGAAGUACUAUCUAAUUUAACGAUUACCAUGUGUCGCUUUCCUUUUUCACUCAUUAUUGGGUUAGUUUCUGCCAUUUUUGCUUGCUCCAUUAAUAAUGCAAAUCCAGAUGCUAUCUGUUUUAACGUCUUGGAUUAUGGAGCUGCCGGUGAUGGAACCACAGAUGAUUCUCAAGCAUUCUUGAUGGCAUGGAAUGAAGCAUGUAGCUCAGAAACUGAAAAUCCUACUUUAAUUAUUCCAAGACUGACUUUUUUAGUAAGUCCAGUUGUUUUUAGAGGUCCAUGCAAGGCUAAGAACAUCAACUUUCUGAUAUUAGGGAUGAUUUUGGCCCCAGACUCACCUCAAACGUGGAAAGGUCUGGACCAGAGUCAAUGGUUGGCUUUUCAUGGUGUGAGUGGGCUCAAUGUUGGUGGCUCUGGAUGGAUCAACGGACAGGGAAAAGGUUGGUGGGAUCAGUCAUGCAGAUAUCAUCCUCACAUGAAGGAAUGCACUUCAUUGGCCCCAACAGCAGUGAAGUUUCUGUCAUGCAAGAGAAGCAGCUUGAGUGACAUUCAUUUUGUAAACAGCGCUCAAACCCAUGUAUUAAUAAUGCGGUGUGAUGGGAUGGAAAUUAAUCAUUUGAUUAUCCAAGCUCCUGAAACUAGCCCCAACACUGAUGGAAUUCAUAUCCAAGCCUCCUACAAUGUGGUUAUCAACGACAUUAUAGUAAGCACUGGGGACGAUUGUAUUUCCAUUGGAGACCAUACUUCUAAUAUAUACAUCUUCAAUGUUGGAUGUGGACCUGGUCAUGGGAUAAGCAUAGGAAGCCUAGGGAGGAGCGGAAAUAUUGUGCAGGUAGAGAACAUUUAUGUGAGCAGGGUUUACCUGAAGGGAACUACCAAUGGAGCUCGGAUCAAGACAUGGCAGGUUGGGAAGGGUCAUGUUCGAGGGGUGACAUUUGAGAAUCUAUAUUUUGAUUCUGUGAAAAACCCAAUAAUAAUUGAUCAAAACUACUGCAACAUCAGGGGUGCCUGCAAGGAACAGAAAACUGGAGUUCAAAUAAGUGAUGUGUUGUUCGAAAAUAUUUAUGGGACUUCAAGCACUGAUGUGGCUAUCAAUCUGAAUUGCAGUAGAUCAGUUGCCUGCACUGGAAUUUUAAUGAAAUCAAUAUACCUUACUUCUGACAAAAUUGGACAUAAACUCACUUCAUACUGCACUAAUGCAUACGGCUAUAGCCUUGGAAUGAUUCAGCCUCUGCCUUGUCUUCAAAUUUGAUAUAUUUCUUCAUCUCAGGGACACAUUAAAUUAACCACUCAGAAGUUCUUCUAAGUCUAACCCCCAUAUUUGUUGUUCAUGCUUCUGUUUAGGCAUUAAAACUCCAAACAAGUUUAUUACUUCAUUUCUACUUUAUGGUUGUUAUUCUAAAUGUUCCAAUACUAUUUGCUAAUAGUAAUAUGAAUACGUUUAUUAAUUUUAUGCGCCCAAACAAUUGAACAGGAUAAUACUUGUCUCCACGCUAGUGUAAAGUCACCACAGAUAAUGUAUUAAAAU